UUCCCCCUCCUCCUCCGCCCUUGGUGCGGACACAGGGAGGGCUGCGGCCUGGGUGCUGCCGCUGCGAACAGGCUAUGCUAAUAUGUCUCUUUAGCUCCACCUGUUACAGUCCUCUGCCGGAUCCCGGCGCUGAUCUUCCCCUGCCUGCGCGCUCUUCGGAGGGAAGCGAGCAACGGUCCCUCGGGCUUUCCCGAGCGCCACCGGAUUCCUCUCUGGGCGACCUGGAGGCGUUAUGACGGUGGGGGGGACUCUGAGAGCCAGGUACCCCCGGCGGGGGCCUGCAGAGGACCAGAUCUCCAUCCUCGAGGAGGAAGAGCGAGAAGAGAAGGUCCAGCCAGCCCCAGCCAGUCCCGCCGAGGAGGAGACCCGCUGCGCCUCCAAGAAAGUCGCUUUUGCCAUCCUGCCAGACAAGUACGAACCUCUCGGCUGGGCUGGGGCUCAAGCGCCGCUAGGAGCGGAGCGCAAAAGCAAGAAGCGCAAAAGGAAGUUCAGGAAAUACUGCAAGAAUGUGGGCAAAGUACUGCAAAAAGGAUGUCGUUACCUGGUGCUCGGCCUGCAGGGAUUAGCUAAUGCCUACUCGUCACCUCUUGGAGUGGCUGUUUCGGUAGCUACAGUGUUCCGUUAAGCUGUGAAGCCUGCUACUUUGGGGAUGAAGAUGAAAGAAGUGGUUGUUGAAGCAUCUGGCCACAUUUCUUUUUUCCGCAUACCUCAUCUUCAGAAAUGCCUCCAACUCAGCAACAAGAAUGAAAAGAACAGAUUGGAUUGAACAUUUGCUUAUUUGCUCUUCUGGACUUGAGUAAUUCUCUGACAGUUUUCAUAAGUGCUUUGAUGCAAAUCAGAUCAAAAGAGUAAGGCCAAAGGAACAAAACUUUGAUUAACUGGGCUAGAUUCAGAAAUGUAAUGCUCUUGCAGUAACAAUAACAACCACCACUGCUGGCUCAAGACAUUUUGCUGCCUGAGGCAAAAGACAAGAUAGCUCCCCCCUUCCCAUUCCACAUACAAAAUCCAAUUGGAUUGGCGAUUGAAUAAACACUGGUGGCAGGAUAGCAUUCUCCACCACACCUGAGGGCAACAGGCGAGCCUGGGCUGUAGAGGGCAGACCAUGUGGCAUGCUCAGGUCUGUCCUUCAACACCUCACCUCCAUUUCCCAACACCUGAGGCAGCCCCCUCUGCCUAGCAGUGGUGGCUGGUGUCCAUUGGGAUGGUAGGGUGUAAGGCAGGAGGCCAACAGUAGGUAGAGCCACAGCCAAUGACAUGCACAACCCCAGCCAACGAUAGGCAAAGCCAAUUAAUUCUGAUUUUGUCCCCAUCCUCUUCUCUGCUGAGUUCUGCAAGGGCAGGAGGAGGAAGUAGACAGCCGCUGCCACAAUCUGGCCCAGUUGUAAGUAAGAAGGCAGACAGGUGAAGGCUGGCUGAGGGCAGGCUGAUAUUGGUGGGCAGUGCCCUAUCUGCCUGAAGGGGUUGGCCUCACUCUCUAUUACUACCUAAUAAUCAGGCCGGCCCUGACAACAGCAAAACCUGUGGGGGAAGAGGAGGAAAAGCAAGAAGGAAAGGAAAAGAGGCAAACAUGGAGGAAGAAAGACAGGUGAAAGAGACAGAUAAAAGGAGAUUGAAGAGAGGAAGUUUUCAUCUUUCUGGCAAGGCUGCUAUGCAUUAUAAAUGCUGCACAGGUGAAAGGGUUAAUACACACACCUCUUUCAGUAGUACCAUUUUCCUACAGAAAAUCCUUCCUGCCCAAAGCUGAUAUUAGCCCUGAAGCACCUGUUUGUUGCCAUUGCAGCUCUGGGAGCAAAUACAAGAGGGGGGGCAGUGUGCAGAGUGAAAACGGCACGGGGGGAAGGGGUUAAUCCCAUCGCUCACACCAUACUCUGGAUGAGGUUCUCCCAUGGCUAUUUGUAAUCCCAAGCAUGGAUUCAAACAUGCCGUUAAGUAACAUCUAGUGUCACCCUCAUGUUCUAGUAUGAUGAGUGAGGGAGGGGGGAAUCUUUCUGUCCACUAGCUCAGGCUAGGGACUAAAUAUCUGGCCCUUGCGACUCCACACACACACACAGACACACACACAGCCCUGCUUCACGACCUCCUUGAGUGUUUCUGCCUGCCUGGGCUGUGUCCUUGAGCUCUGAUCACGCCUCUUGCAUGCCUGGAUGGAGGACAGAGGAGGUUUGUGGGGGUGCAUGUAGAGACCAGCCUACUGCACAAAGGUAAGAUUUGCAUUCAUUGCUCCACCCACAUUUUGCCACUGGCCCUCCCGCCACUGGCAUGUGGCCCCUGCCCCAGGCAAUUUGCCUAGAAGGGAACGUGGGCCUCGGGUUGAGAAACGUUCACCAUCACAGCACUAAUUCUGUAGCAUUCAUACUUUUAUAAACCUCCAUUACAUCAUUUGCCCACCACCACUAUUCAUCAGUUGGGGAGGGGGAGUUGUGUGUGUAUACGUUAGGGGAAAUUUCUCCUGCUUGACCUGUGGUGGUAGGGCAGGUGGCUGCAGGGCAAGGGUGGGUAACCUCUGGCCCCCAGGCCUAAUUAGGCCCUUGAGGCCAUUUUGGCCAUGCCACACCCACCCGACAUCAGGUGUGAGGUGGGUAAAGAUUUGACUCGGCUGAAAGGGGGGAUUUACAGGCAUCAGCCAUCAGCUGAUUGGCAGUGGCUAUAAAGCCCUAGUCAGGUCUUACAGACCCCUCUGCAAAACACUCAGCAAGACCCAUGGAGGCAAAAAUAUGCCACCUCAUAUCGUUACGAUGUCAGGUGAUGGAUAGGUGGGUGCUCUCACCCGUGUGUCAAAUGUGGCCCGCAAGGGCUUGGGUAGAUAACGAUUUGGUCCCCCAGCCAAAUCCAGUCCCCCAUCGCUUCUGCAGGGGAAGGGCCGUAGCUCAGUGGUAGAGCAACUGCUUUGCACACAGAAGGUCUCAGGUGCAGUCCACGGCAUCUCCACGUAAAGCUGGGAAGGGCUUCCUGUCCAAAACCCUGGAAAGCUGCUGCCACUAAGUGUGAACCAACAGUAUUGAGCUGGAGGGACCCUUGUUCCAUCUUGGAAUAAGGCAGCUCCCGAUGACCUGCCUGACCUGAGACUACAGGGCUUUGGGGGGCAUGAAAAGUGACAAUCCUUGUGGUGGAAGAGACCAUCUUAUACACCUUGCAUCGCUAGUCCAGGGUGGUUCAGUUGUUGUGCCAUUCAAGGGCCGCCUUAGCAGAGGAGUCUGGGGAGGAGUGGAAAGCAGCCCCAGCUCUCUUAUUCUGUGGCUAAAAUAGUACACCCAGGAUUUCAAAGCAGGUGGGAGUUGUAUAAGACAUCUGCAUGGCAUGCGGAAUUUUGCCCCAUUAGUCAGGCACCAGAUGCUGCCUUAGUCACAGCAGAGCUUUCUAUUUACUCUGCUGCAGUUAAAAUGGCUGUAGAGGAUUAGGCUGCCUGUGUAUACAGGACAGAAGUUUCUGUCAUGGUGUUUAAUAAUACUCAUUCCUGGGAUGCCCUAGGCACCAAAAAUAAGAGAUCAGAUGCAUAUCUUCCUGGGAAAGUAUUUAACUGUCUUGGUCUCAGUUUAAUGCCAUUCAAUUUAAUGCCAUUAUUAAAAAAAGAAUUAUGUUAUCCAGUGUUGACAGAAGAAUCCAGCCUUUGCAUUACCAAAUGAUAUAUUGCUACUUAGAUAAAUAGUUAAUUUUGAUAACUUUGAUAUGUAUCUUCCCAGCUUUAUAGUAUUCAUUCAGGAAUACAUGCUUAUUUUUUGGAAAAAUUACUUCAAGACUAGGCAACUGUUGUUGUUUUUUACUUCUUGUUAACAAACCUGGCAACAUGUAAGUUGGUGUACUAAGAGAAAUUAAAUAGAUUUAACCAGAGUGCAAU